AUGUUCAAGAUUAUGGUGGCAGCGCGGGUCGGUAGGAAGCCGCACGAGAUCUUGCUGAAGAGGCAGGGCGAGAGGCCGUUCAAGGACCAGCUGACCCUGGAGGACUACGGAGUGAGCAACGGGGUACAGCUAGACCUGGAGGUGGACACGGGUGAUUAA